GCCUUGUGUUUUUGCGCCUCCCACCCCUUCCCUCUCUUCACCCAGCAGCUGCAGAAACCCUAAACCCAAAAUAGUGCAAUAAACUUACCCCAAGCAUCUGUCUCCAUCCAAAUCCGCCAUGGACGACAGCCUCUAUGACGAAUUCGGCAACUACAUCGGCCCGGAGAUCGAGUCCGACGUCGGCUCCGACGCCUCCGACGACGACGCCUCCACCGUAGACAAGUCCCCCGCCGGAUCCGCCCCAUCUGACGAUGGAGAUGCCGGCGCGGCCUCCCCUGGCGCUGCGGCCAACGGCUGGAUCACCAGCGCCGGCGGACCUGACGACAUGGACGUCGACGCUGCCGCCUCACAGAUCGUCCUCGCCGAGGACAAGAAGUACUAUCCCACCGCCGAGGAGGUCUAUGGAGAGGGCGUCGAGACGCUGGUGAUGGACGAGGACGAGCAGCCUUUGGAGCAGCCCAUCAUCAAACCCGUCCGCACCCUUAAGUUCGAGGUCGGCGUCAAGGACUCCUCCACCUACGUUUCCACCGAGUUCCUGUUGGGCCUCGCCUCCAACCCUUCGUUGGUCCGGAAUGUGGCGCUCGUAGGGCACCUCCAGCACGGGAAGACGGUGUUCAUGGACAUGCUGGUGGAGCAGACGCACGAGAUCUCCACGUUUGAUGUGCAGAACGAGCGGCAUAUAAGGUAUACCGACACUAGGAUCGAUGAGCAGGAGCGGAGAAUCUCGAUCAAGGCAGUGCCCAUGUCACUUGUGCUCGAGGAUAGCAAUGCCAAGUCGUAUCUCUGCAACAUAAUGGACACGCCAGGCCAUGUCAAUUUCUCAGACGAAAUGACAGCUGCACUUCGCCUCGCUGAUGGAGCUGUGUUGGUUGUGGAUGCUGCAGAAGGUGUUAUGGUUAACACUGAGAGGGCUAUAAGACACGCAAUCCAAGAGAGGUUGCCCAUAGUGGUUGUAAUGAAUAAGGUUGAUCGACUUAUUACGGAGCUAAAACUCCCUCCCACUGAUGCAUAUUUUAAGUUGAGGCACACAUUGGAAGCUAUCAAUGACUUGAUCUCAUCUUGCUCUACUACUGUUGGAGGCACCCAAAUGGUUGAUCCUGUGGCUGGAAAUGUUUGUUUUGCCAGUGCAAAUGCUGGUUGGUCUUUCACACUGCAGUCCUUUGCUAAGCUAUAUCUUAAGCUUCAUGGCAUACCAUUUGACUCUGUGAAGUUUGCAUCACGCUUAUGGGGGGAUAUGUACUAUCACCCUGACCAAAGAGUAUUUAAGAAGAAACCUCCUAUGGCUGGAGGAGAGAGAUCAUUUGUACAGUUUAUUCUUGAACCAUUGUACAAAAUCUACAGCCAGGUAAUUGGAGAACAUAAGAAGAGUGUUGAGGCAACCCUUGCAGAACUUGGAGUCACACUGAGUAAUGCAGCUUACAAGUUGAAUGUGAAGCCUUUACUGAGAUUGGCUUGCAGCUCGGUCUUUGGAUUUGCAACUGGCUUCACUGAUAUGCUUGUCCAGCACAUUCCCUCAGCUCGGGAUGCUGCAACGAAGAAGGUGGAGCACAUAUAUACAGGGCCUCAAGACUCUUAUAUUGCUGAGGCUAUGAAAAACUGUGAUCCAUAUGGUCCCCUUAUGAUUAAUAUUACAAAACUUUAUCCUAAGUCUGAUUGUAGCGUGUUUGAUGCCUUUGGUCGGGUCUAUAGUGGUACUAUACAGACUGGUCAAACCUUGCGUGUACUUGGCGAAGGAUAUUCACCUGAAGAUGAAGAAGAUAUGACAGUUAAAGAAGUCACCAAGUUGUGGGUUUAUCAGGCUCGAUAUCGUAUUCCCAUCAGUAAAGCCCCUGCUGGCUCUUGGGUUCUAAUCGAAGGUGUUGAUGCAUCAAUCAUGAAGACAGCAACAUUAUGCCCUUUAUAUAUGGAUGAAGAUGUUUAUAUAUUUAGGCCCCUUCGCUUCAACACAUUAUCAGUUGUGAAGACCGCAACCGAGCCAUUGAAUCCAAGCGAGCUUCCCAAGAUGGUGGAGGGCCUUAGGAAAAUUAGUAAGAGUUAUCCAUUAGCUAUUACUAAGGUUGAGGAGUCCGGAGAGCACACUAUCCUGGGGACAGGUGAGAUAUAUCUUGAUUCAAUAAUGAAGGACCUGAGGGAACUUUACUCUGAAGUUGAAGUUAAGGUGGCAGAUCCUGUUGUCACUUUUUGCGAGACAGUGGUUGAAACUUCAUCAAUGAAGUGUUUUGCUGAAACACCAAACAAAAGGAACAAAAUUACUAUGGUUGCAGAGCCACUGGAGAAGGGUUUGGCAGAAGAUAUUGAGAAUGGUGUUGUUAGUAUUGAUGCACGGCAAAGAGAUAUUAGUGAUUUCUUCCAGAAACGCUAUGACUGGGAUUUGCUUUCAGCGAGGUCUAUCUGGGCAUUUGGUCCAGACAAGCAGGGGCCUAAUAUCUUAUUAGAUGACACUCUUCCUAGUGAAGUUGACAAAAAUCUGUUGAAUGCUGUCAGAGACUCCAUCGUUCAAGGUUUCCAAUGGGGUGCGCGAGAAGGUCCUCUCUGUGAUGAGCCUAUCCGGAAUGUGAAAUUCAAAAUCCUGAAUGCAUCCAUAGCUCCAGAGCCGUUGCACCGAGGUGGUGGUCAGAUUAUCCCCACUGCAAGGCGGGUGGUAUAUUCAGCUUUCCUGAUGGCGAAUCCUCGGCUUAUGGAGCCCGUUUACUAUGUUGAGAUCCAAACACCGAUAGAUUGUGUUUCUGCUAUUUACACGGUGCUGUCACGAAGGCGAGGACAUGUAACACAAGAUGUGCCGAAGCCUGGCACUCCCGUAUAUAUUGUAAAGGCCUUUUUGCCUGUGAUCGAGUCAUUUGGAUUUGAGACGGACUUACGAUACCAUACUCAAGGGCAAGCUUUCUGUCUCUCUGUUUUUGAUCACUGGGCUAUAGUUCCUGGUGAUCCAUUGGACAAGAACAUAGUUCUCCGUCCCCUUGAACCAGCACCAAUACAACACCUUGCACGUGAAUUCAUGGUCAAGACACGGCGUCGAAAGGGUAUGAGUGAAGAUGUAAGCAUUAACAAAUUCUUCGAUGAGGCUAUGGUGGUGGAGCUUGCCCAGCAGGCUGCCGAUGUUCAUCUGCAGAUUAUGUAAGGCCACAGAGCAAGGGAAGAGUCAACCUUCCUUUUAAUGCUCGGAGCCGAUAAUAUUCUUCUUUUGGUGUGCCCUUGAGAAGCCCCUCCAUAUGAGGCACCGUUGGGCAUCGAGAUGAUGUACUUUUGGUUUAUCAGCCUCUGCUUCUGAAAGCCUUCGUGCAAGCCUGAACCAAACUGUUGUUGUUUCUUCCUCCCGUAGUGGUUUAAGCCCUUCCCUUCCCUUAGUACACAUACUUCAGCUGUGGCGCACUUUUAUUUAUGUGUAUGAUGCGCACUAGUUUCUAUUUCGAAAACUGUUGUAUAAAUCUAGUUAGACGCUGGCAAGGCGAAACUGCACGCUGGCCAAUCCGUUUCUGGACUCUUGGAUGAA